AUGGAAGAAGUGGAUCAAGGCUCGACCCUCUUGGGAAGUGCUGCAUGUCUUGCCGUUGUCUACUUAAUUUAUGAAAGAUAUCACAACCGUAAUAAAUAUGCAGUCCACUCUGAGGACAGGUCUCUUGUUGUGACACUUAAGGAAAGAAAGUUUGCAACAAUAGCCUUGACUGGAACAUUAUGUAUUGGAUGGCUAUACGAGAUAGCUCAAUAUGUGAUGAGUGGGAAACGUGAGUUGUAUGCCAUUUUGAAACUGGCUGCAUAUUCUGUUAGUUGGUUUAUCUCCUUCAUAUUGGCCUUAGCCUCUCCAUCAUUAAAUCACUACAAGGAUCGUCACUAUAACUACGUUUUCAUUUUCAUAUUCAGCAUCGCAACCCUAGAAUCUAUCUUUCGCUUGUUGACGAUUCCUACUAUACGUAACUGGGACGGUGUGGUCGCCGUUGUAUCCUUUACUUUGACACUGAUCGCACUCACGACUCCUCAACCUUUACACCCAAGAAACCUUAUACAUGAAAGCUAUGAGAAACUUGAAACAAAGAAUGGAGAAGUGUACUAUAACAACUUACGUUUGAGCCCUGAAGCAACAGCCAGUGCUUUAUCUUGGUGGGCAUUUCAAUGGGUAAAUUCUUUGGUUGUCUUUGGAUUCCACAAUACGAUAUCAUACGACAAUCUCUAUGCACUCACAUUUCAACAUCGAGCAAGGGACGCUUACGAGGACUUUAAGAAUUCAUUAAAUUUCUAUGCUCGUUCAAAAGUACUGCGAAGAAUUUACGCGACAAACAAACAGGAGAUCUGGUUGCAAUUCAUUUUCUCAUCGCUUGCAGCAUUAGUUAAUUUUGCUAGCCCUGUCUUCCAGCAAUUAUUCUUGGGGUAUUUUGAAGAUCCUGCAGGAAGACCCAUCAAGAUUGCGUACAUGUACGUUUUUGGUCUUUUUAUGGUUGGUAUGACGAGACUUAUUUGCAAUAACAUUCAACUCUAUGCGGGUCGACGUUGGAACGUACGAUGCUUUGUUCAACUCGAUGCUGAGCUUUUUGCUAAAACAUUACACAGAAAGGACGCAUCAGGCAGGAUAGAUGAAGAUUCAAAGGAAGAAAAGGGAAAGGAUGGUGAUAAGAAAGAUGAUAAGAAAGAAGAUAAGAAGGAGAAAGAAAAGGAAAAUGACUUUAGCAGUGUUGGAAAGAUUACAAAUCUUAUGAGCGUUGAUGCGGAAAUGCUAGCAAAUAUUACUCAAAUGAUAUUCUUGAUGUAUAACGCGCCCCUUGAAAUCGCGGUUGGUAUUUUUUAUCUCUACAAGCUCCUUGGAACCGCUGCCUUAGUUGGUCUCGUCAUCAUGGUCCUGUCCUUCCCCUUAUCCGCUUAUGUCUCCAGCAAAUACGGCAAACGAUACACUGCCUUACAAAAUGCCAAAGACAAACGUAAUAGCUUGUUGAACGAACUACUCCAAGGCAUUCGUAUGGUGAAAUACUUUGCUUGGGAGUUUCAGUGGAAGGAGAAAGUGAAAGAAGCGCGUCGUACCGAAAUCAAGAUGUUGCUCAACCUGGUAGCCUUUGAAAUUGUCACAACCGUGCUUUACCUCUCUGUUCCUAUCGUUGUGACUGUUGUCUCAUUUAUUUGGUAUACUAAGGUUGCCGGUAACGAACUUACAGCCAGUGUUGCUUUUGUAAGUAUCUCUCUCUUUGAGAUGCUCCGUGCUCCGUUGAAUAUGCUCCCCGAAGCGAUCAUAUUCUUGGCUGAGGCUAAAGUCAGUUUAAUUCGUAUAUGCAAGUACUUGGAUGAACCAGAUAUCGAUGACAACCUCAACAAUCAACCCGUAGAGGUUCCUGAAGGGGUUUCUCCCGAGACUGUCUUGGCCCGUUUGGGCUUUGAAGAAUCUGUCUUCCAAUGGCAUUACGAAAAUGAAAACACAGACAAGGAACCUACUUCGAUUUCAACAAGUUCCAGCUCAACAACAUUGAAUCCCAGCAAAUCAGAAACUCCUGUUUAUCGAUUAUGCGUGCCUCGAUUCAACUUUCCUACUGGCAAGUUGAGUAUAGUAAUUGGUGCUACAGGUAGUGGAAAGAGUAGUUUCCUUCACGCUCUUUUGGGAGAAAUGGACAUUGUGUCAGGCAGAGUAUACUUGCCUUCUAAAGUUAAACUUCAGACUGAAAACUAUUCCAAGAUUGACCCUGAAUAUCCCAGCUUAUAUCUUGAUAAAGUUGCCUAUGUGGCCCAACAGCCUUUUCUGCAGCACGCUUCUAUCCGUGACAACAUUUUGUUUGGAUUACCUUAUGAUGAAGCUAGGUAUAAAAAGACUUUAUAUCAGUGUGCCUUGAUCAAAGACUUGGGCAUCUUGCCUGAUGGUGAUCGAACUGAAAUUGGUGAGAAGGGUAUUUCUCUCUCUGGUGGCCAAAAGCAAAGAGUAUCAUUAGCGAGAGCUGUUUAUUCAUAUGCCAAAACUGUACUCUUGGAUGAUUGUCUUAGUGCGGUUGAUGCGCAUACCUCUAAGCACAUCUUUAAGGAAUGUAUUAUGGGUGAUCUUCUUCAUGGGCGUACUGUUGUUUUGGUAACUCAUCACGUAAGACUGUGUCUACCUGCAGCAAAAUUCUUGGUCAAGAUCGAUCAUGGCAAUGUCUUAGGUUGUGAAAGUAUUGAGAGCUUGAAAGAAAGUGGUCAGCUCACCCAAUUGAUUGGAGAAGAGCUUGAAACGGAAAUAGAUGGAAGUACUGUUGAGGAUGUGGUAGAUGAAGAUAAGCAAGAUGACACAAACAUCGAUCUGGAUAACACAGCUGAAGCUGCCAAGCUAAUCAAGGAAGAAGCUACAGAGAAAGGACAAGUCAAGUUCAAAGUUUACGCAACUUACCUUGCUGCUUGUGGUGGCUGGUUCUUCUGGGCCGCUGUUGCGUUUGGAUAUGCUGCUUCACGUUGUUUGACCUUUGCUGAAAAUUGGUGGUUAAAGGUAUGGGCUGCUGCCUACAGUCCUAGCCCAGUAAACGCUACUGUUCAAGCAUAUGUCCAAGAGGGUGCGCCUUUUGUAGCUUUGGCCACAAAAGCACCUGCAGUUCCAGAGAUCUUUAACACAUUAACAAGCGUUGUUCAAAAUCAGAAUGUAUUUAAAACAUGGGUUUUCGAAGAAAAAAACCCUGUAAACGUAGAUUACUACAUUGGAGUAUAUAUAGCCAUUAGUGUUAGUUGUAUUCUUUUUGAAGCUAUCAGAAGUGCAAUGCUCUAUUGGGGUUCGAUCCGUGGUGCUCGUGCCUUGUUUGAUUCUUUGGUCGACCGUAUUGUCCGUGCCCCUAUGCGAUUCUUUGAUACAACUCCUGUGGGUCGUAUUCUAAACAGAUUUGGUAAAGACAUUUCCGUAAUCGAUCUUCACCUUGCUCGUUCUGCCAGCUUCUUGAUUGAAUGUGUCACUGCCAUCAUUGCUGCUACUGUUGUCAUGUCUGCGAUUACACCAGAGUUUAUUAUUACUGCCAUCCUUAUUGGUGCUUUAUAUGUUCUCAUUGGCUUAUUCUAUCUUCGCGCUUCUCGUGAACUCAAGCGUUUGAACUCUGUCAGUCGUUCCCCUAUUUAUUCUCAGUUUACUGAGUCUCUGAUCGGUGUUACUACCAUUCGUGCCUAUGGUGUCGAAGAACAGUUUAUGAUUUCAGUCUUUAACAAGCUUGACACCUAUACAACGUCAUACUAUUUCCUUUGGAUGGCUAACCGCUGGCUUUAUGCACGUAUCGAAUUUGUUGGUGCAUUUGUUACCCUCUCUGCUGGUGUAUUCUUGCUUAUAAACAUCAACAGAAUCGACGCAGGUGUGGCUGGUAUUUCAUUGUUCUAUGCCCGUAGUUUCUUAGAAUAUGUUUAUUGGUUCAUCCGUCAGUAUACCCAAGUUGAAAUGAACCUCAACUCAGUUGAGCGUGUUCAAGAAUACCUUGAAAUUGAUCAAGAAGCACCCGCUGUAAUCGAAGGCCAUCGUCCUCCCGCUGCAUGGCCUACAACCGGUGCUAUCGAAGUAAAAGACCUUGUUGUCCGUUACGCCCCUGAGCUUGACCCUGUCUUACACGGCAUCUCCUUUUCUACAAAAGCUCAUGAAAAGAUUGGUAUCGUCGGUCGUACUGGUUCCGGCAAAAGUACGAUGGGCCUCAGUUUCUUCCGUUUCUUGGAAGCCAGUGAAGGAUCCAUUAGCAUUGAUGGAAUUGAUAUCGCAAAGAUUGGCCUCGAAGAUCUUCGUUCAAAAAUUACCAUUAUUCCUCAAGACGCUGUCUUAUUUAAUGGCACUAUUCGUUCUAACCUUGAUCCAUUUGAUGAGCACACUGAUGAAGCUGUCUGGGAGGCUCUGGAGCGUGCGCAUCUCGCUAACCCAGCCGAUCGAGCUAAGCAUUUGGCUGGUCCUGGAUCUUCUUCCAGCUCUGUAGACACUGAAGAAAACCGUGCUCCUUCUUCUAUCGUCAGUUUAUCCCAAAAGGUGAGUGAAGGAGGUAGUAACUUCUCCCAAGGUCAGCGACAAUUAUUAUGUCUUUCUCGUGCUCUGCUUAGAAACAGCAAGAUUAUCAUUAUGGAUGAAGCAACGGCCAGCGUUGACUUUGAGACUGAUACAAAGAUUCAGGCCACCAUUCGUGAAGAGUUUACAAACUCUACUUUGCUGUGUAUUGCACAUAGACUUCGUACGAUUAUCGAUUAUGAUCGUGUCUUGGUACUCGACCAAGGAAAAAUCAUUGAAUAUGAUACACCUUAUAAUCUAUUAUGUGGUAACUCUGGAACUGGUGUCUUCAAAUCUAUGUGUGAGCAAUCUGGUGAAUAUGAUAUCCUUCUCACCAUGUCUAAAGAAUCUCAAGCUCAUCAAAUUGAAGAACAGCGAUCUGAUAAUCAUUCCAAGAUUUAUUAA